AUGUGGCAGAGUGUCCACAAGAAGAAACUGUGGAAUGACAAGAUUGUACCAUACAAUGUUGAAAACAUGGUAUCUGAUAAUGUUGAAGAGUGUCCACAAGAAGAAACUGUGGCAGUGAAUAUGGUAGAAGAAACCGUGGCAGUGAAUACGGUGGAAGAAGAAUUUUAUAUGAGUUUAGAAGACUACGUAACAAAACUUUGUCAGAUACGAGCGUUCAAACGUUUUUGUCGUAAAGUCAUAACUGUGGAUGGUGCCUAUUUGAAGGGGGAUUUUAAGGAACCGUAUUGA